UACAAGAAGAGGAGGAAGCUAUUUGGCCAAUAGAUGGAUUUCUCUGCACGUGUGUGUUGGUGUGUAGUUCUUGACGCCAUGCCCACGUCACGAUGACGCUGAGCUCUACCUUUGCCUUCACUCUCAUCACUGUCUGAUGCUUCAGACUUGAGACUUCAAGCACAGAGCAGUGACACAACUUGUGAGGAGUCAGACUGGACAGACCAUUCAUAAAACCACACCAACAACACAAGAGCACAUCAAGCUGGACUCACAUCAGCCCACUUCUCCAGUUCAUCCUCUUUGACUCACUGUGCACAUUUACUCUUGCGGUUUUUCACUUAUGUCCCGCAAAUCCAGCGAUGACUAUAAUCUGCGUAGUAUGAGCAAUCUGAUGGGCGAGAGGAGGAAGCGAGCGUCGGAUGAUGGAGAGCGGAGUCUCAUCAAAGCUCCGUCCAGCGCCAGCCUCAGCAGCGCUGGUCCCUCAGCAACGUCUCCAGCGCCCGCGGACCUGGAGCGCGCGGCGCGCAAACAGUUCCAGCAGGAUGUCACGCCGGGUUUCGUCUACGUCCUGGCCGUGUUCUCCGCUAUCGGUGGCUUUCUGUUCGGCUAUGACACUGGGGUGGUGUCCGGAGCGAUGCUUUUGCUCAAGAGGGACAUGAAUAUAACUGCCCUGUGGCAGGAGCUGCUGGUGUCCGGGACUGUUGCCGCGGCGGCGGUGUCUGCGCUGCUCGGCGGGUAUCUCAACGGACUGUUCGGACGGCGGGUGUGCAUCCUCACGGCCAGCUUCACCUUCGCCAUUGGAGCGAUAGUGUUGGGAUCUGCUCCUAAUAAGGAGGCUCUGCUAGUUGGACGGCUCAUAGUGGGACUUGGGCUGGGUAUUGCGUCCAUGACGGUUCCUGUGUAUAUUGCUGAAACCUCACCACCCCACCUGAGAGGACGCCUGGUCACCAUCAAUACUUUGUUCAUCACAGCGGGCCAAUUCACAGCCAGCGUUAUUGAUGGGGCCUUCAGCUACAUGCAGCAUGAAGGCUGGAGAUACAUGCUUGGUCUGUCAGUGGUCCCUGCAUUGCUGCAGUUCCUAGGGUUCCUCUUCCUACCCGAGAGUCCUCGCUGGCUCAUCCAGAAAGGUCUUACCCAGAAGGCCCGGCGCGUGCUCAGCCAAAUCCGUGGCAACCAGAACAUUGACGAGGAGUAUGAUACUAUCAAAAGCAGCAUUGAAGAGGAGGAAAAGGACUGCGGAGGAGAGGGCCCGGUGAUCUGGCGCAUGUUGACCUACCCUCCGGCACGCCGUGCUCUCAUUGUGGGUUGUGGACUCCAGAUGUUCCAGCAGCUUUCUGGCAUCAACACGGUCAUGUACUACAGCGCCACCAUUCUGCAGAUGUCGGGAGUACGUGAUGACAGGUUGGCCAUCUGGCUAGUGACUGUAACAGCGUUCACAAAUUUCCUGUUUACUCUACUGGGCGUUUGGUUGGUUGAAAGGGUGGGCAGACGCAAACUUACAUUGGGAAGCAUCUUCGGUACUGUUUUCAGUCUUUGUAUCCUGUCUGUUGGCUUCCUCCUGUCAGCUCAGCAUUCUCCUCCUGUCACAUUACAUCUGACGGACCCCACGACACCCAACUCCAGCUGCACAACACAUCUGUCAUGCGAGCCCUGUAUGUUGGACCCUAGCUGUGGUUACUGUUAUCAGGAAAACAGCACUGCUGUGUUUGCCUCCUCCUGUGUGCCCGUCAAUCCGGCCUCCACUGAGAGAGCAGCGUGGGGCAAGUGCUCCAACUCCACACAUAUGCCAGACAGUGGUAUAUGGGCUUAUAAUUUUUGCCCAACCUCAUAUUCAUGGGUUGUGCUCCUGGGACUAGUGCUAUAUCUCGCAUUUUUUGCCCCAGGAAUGGGACCAAUGCCAUGGACGGUUAAUUCUGAAAUCUACCCACUUUGGGCCAGAAGCACAGGCAAUGCUUGUUCAGCCGGAGUGAACUGGACCUUCAAUGUGCUUGUCUCUUUAACGUUCCUCCACAUGGCCCAGUACCUGACUUACUAUGGUGUAUUUUUCCUGUAUUCCAGUUUGGCUCUAACUGGUUUCUUUUUCAUUUAUGGCUGCCUGCCUGAGACUAAAGGACGGCGGCUAGAAGAGAUUGAGUCCUUGUUUGAAAACCGCCUUUGCUCGUGCGGGAUCUCGGAUUCUGAUGAAGAUCGGCAGGUGGAAUACAUCCGGGUUAAAGGGUCAAACUACCACCUAUCGGACAACGACGCGUCAGAUGUCGAAUAACUCGUGUGAAACCUCUAGGUUGGUAAACGGCGAUGAGAAGCUAUCGAUUGAGCCUCAUUCAACCCUGAUGUCAGGUUCGCCCAAUGUACGGUCAGGUUGAGCCUCUCUUCACCGCGACGGCAAGAACAGGGUUAUAGAGCACACACAAACAAACACGCAGUGCCAAGUCAGCUUUUAUAAUAUUGUCAGUAUGUUUUUGCGUCACAGUACAUGCAGAUCUACUGGCUCGUUCCUCCACUGUCAGAUAAAUAUCCUCUGCUUAUUUAUGUACAAUGAGGUGUUAGCUGUAAAUUGAGUAAUACAUAUGCAGAAGGAUACUAUUUUUUGUGUCACGUCUAAGUGUGAACUCAAUGCAAAUUUUAUAUUUGAAAACAACACUGAGAAAAAUAUAAGCUACACUACCAGUCAAAAGUUUGGACACACCUACUUAUCUUAUAAUAGUAUUUUUCACAGCGAAGUCAUCAUAUGAAUUAUCAAAAUAUGAAGUGUGGGAAUUAUGCAGAGAUUAGGGCUGUCAGAAUAAUUAAUCGCGAUUAAUCGCAUACAAAAUAAAGUUUGAGUUUGCCUAUAAUAUGUGUAUGUACUGUGUGUAAUUAUUAUGUAUAUAUAAAUGCAAACACAUUCAUGUAUAUAUUUAAGAAAUAUUUACAAGUAUAUGUAUUUAUUAUAAUUUAUAUUAUAUAUAAAUAAAAAUAUUUUAUAAAUAAAUAACAUAUUUCUCUUUAAUAUCUACAUUAAUUUGUGUGUAUUUAUAUAUACAUAAUGAUUACACGCAGUACACACACAUAUAUUAGGCAAACUUUUAUUUUGUAUUCAAUUAAUUGCAAUUAAUCAUUUGACAGCCCUAGCAGAGAUCAAAAAUAUUUAACAGAUCAAUUUUUUCUAUAUAUUUUAAAUAGCCACCCACUGCAGAUAUUACAGUUCUGCAUGCUCUUAGCAUUCAAAUGUGUCUAAAUUUUUUAUUAGUAGUCUACAAAUAAUCCAAACCAAUUGCUUUAACUGAUAUGAAGUUUCUCCCUAAAUAUUAAUGACAAACAAACUGAAAGAGAUAGUUCACCCCAAAAUGACAAUUCUGUCAUUACUCACCUUAAUGUUGUUCCAAACCCGUAAGACCUUCAUUCAUCUUCGGAACACAAAUUAAGAUAUUUUUGAUGAAAUCUGAAAACUUUCUGACCCUGCAUAGGAGCAAUGGUACUACCACGUUCAAUGCCCAGAAAGGUAGUAAGGACAUUGAUAAAAUCCAUGUGACAUGGUUCAACCUUAAUUUUAUGAAGCUACGAGAAUGCACUCUUAAAAAUAAAGGUGCUUUAAAAGGUUCUUCACAGCGAUGCCAUAGAAGAACCAUUUUUGGUUCCACAAAGAAGCAUUCAGUCAAAGGUUCUUUAAAGAACCAUCUCUUUCUUUCCUUUUUAUAAUCUGAAGAACCUUCUUUGGCCAGAAAGGUUCUUCAGAUGUUAAAGAUUCUUUAUGAAACCAUUUAGACAAAAGGUUCCUCUAUGGCACCUUAACUUUUUAAGAGUGUACUUUUUGUGCACAAAGUAAACAAAAAUAAUGACUUUAUUCAACCAUUUCUUCAACAAAGCUCUUGGAUUUUCAUCAAAGAUAUGUUAAGAACAUUUAGAAUGACAUGAGGGUGAAUAAUGACAGAUUUUUUUGUAUUUUUGGGUGAACUAUCCCUUGAAGUGAAUAAAAGACAUUAUCAUGUCCCUCUGGCCUCGUCAUUAAAAUCUUCAAGGCUUUGAAAACGUGUAGCAAAUCACAUUGCUUGUUUGUAAUAUGCGA